CCCAUCCCAGAAUCAAUAUCGAUGAUGAUCAUAUGCGGUUGCGGAGACCGGCCUACAUAAAUUAUUUCCAAAUUAAUAACCUUCGAAAAUAAAGGUAAAUUAAAAACAACUAAAAUAAAGCCUACGUGCGGCCUUGCAGGAAUUCGCCUGGCCCAUGGACUCUCUCUUCGGUCUCUCCUUCUCAAGUUUUUUUUUUUGACCAGUCUCUCCUUCUCAAGUUUGAUUUGAUUUACGUAGGAUGCACGGUGUCCACUAAGAAAAGAACGUGACAUGCACGGUUCCCCUACCAGGCUUUCCAAUCUAAUGGGACCACCUGCUCCUACAUAGGAACGUCGAUCCCCAAUGGCCCAAUCGAGUCCUCGUCGGAACGUCCAAAAACACACCAUGGAGAUGGAGACGCCGGCGGCGGCCGGCUGCGAGUGCGAGUGCGAGAUCGACCGCCUGCCGGAGGAGCUCCUGGUGCAAGUCAUCUCCCUCACGUCCCCUCGUGACGCCUUCUGCGCCGCCGCCGUCUCCCGUGACUUCCAAGCCGCCGCGGACUCCGACGCCGUCUGGUCCCGCUUCCUGCCCGGCGAACUCCCGCGUUUCGCCAAAGGAGUGCUCCCAAAACCCAAACCCACGACGCCGCCCAUGUCGAAGAAGGCGCUGUUCGAGCGCCUCUCCGGCCAACCGGCCCUCUUGCCGCAAAAAUCCACGCGCAUGCAGCUGGACAGGGCUACCGGCGCCGAAUGGUUCACGCUGUCGGCGAGCGGGAUGCAGAUUUUACGGCGCCGGUACUUCACGACGAUCCGCGUGGACCCAUCUAGGUGCACCACGAGAGGCAGAAGUGUCAGGAUACCAUCUCAAGUUCUCAACACAUACUGCAAUGUGUACAUCGGGUUUUAUUUGGUACAAAGAAAUACUCACCAGUCGGUCACGAACUGCUUCGAGGCCCAGCUGCAGACCACCUUAUGGAAAUCCUGUACUAUCGGUGCCAAGGUCCAGAGCAAGGUGCUCCCCCGAAACACCACCUACGCAGCGUACAUGGUGUUCAAGUUGCCCGGAAAAUUCUACGGGUUGGACUUCCCGUACCAGGAGGCGUCCAUUGCCGUCGGUGGGAGCGAAUCGACGGUCACCCGACAAGUUUGCCUGCAAGGCUAUAUCGACGAUGAGGAUCAGAAACACGUCUUGCCAGGUCAUUAUGGGAUAAUACGCCACCCUGAAGGGGUUCCUCCGGGAGGGGAAGUUGUUUUCCCUCGAAGGAGGGACGACGGUUGGAUGGAGGUGGAGCUGGGUGAGUUCCGCAAUGACGGCGGCGGCGACGACGAGGUGUCCAUGUGCUUGAAGGAUGGACACACCGGGACUAUGAUAGGACUACUAAAUCCUCGGAGGAGUAAGCUUGUGCUGUGGGCCAUUGAGCUUAGAAGUAAGCAACGAAAGACAACCAUAUUGUAUGAUUAAGUAUCGUCCAGGGUGAAGACGACUUUAUUGGAACGAGAUGGUUUAGUUUUUUAGCGGUUCUCAUUUCCUCGUUUUUGCAUUAUUAUUUUUGUUCGAGAAAACGGUACUAAUUAAGUUCUUUAUCACCAAACCGGCAUGUGAUGUGCCUUAUUUUUCACCAAAAAAGAAAUAAAGUUAUUUCAUUACAAAUAAUUUAAAGCCGUACAUGAGAUUCGCUUCAACUACAAAAGGGAUAUGAUGCAAAGAUGUUGAUCAAAAGGCUAUUAAUGUGGACUGAGAAAUAACUAUGUAUAAACUGGCUAUUUUUUUUACAUAAUACGUUUUUUUAAUCAUUUUCUAAAA